AUGGACUUCCAUCACCCCUCUUCAGAGUCAGAGUUGAGAAUUGUCACUAACAAUGAAGAAGAACUCGAAGAUAUGCCAGGCAUGACGGAGGCCAUAAUUGGUAUGAAUACCACAAACCAGGCAGCUUAUGUUAAAGAGCGUGCCGAAAUCCGAGCAAAGCAUGCUGAAGAGCUUGCUGCAAAGGAAGCAAAGCAUGCUGAAGAGAAGUUGUUUGUUAUCGUCAUUGCAGUUGCAGUUGUUGCAGUUGCAGUUGUUGCAGUUGCAGUUGUUGCAGUUGUAGUUUGUGUUUUUCUCACACGAACUAUCAAGGUGAAUCUUCUUCAAAACGAUCAGAAUGCAGCUAACUCUUACGUUUUCUUUUUUGAAAAAGCAGCUAUAAGCUUUCUGAGCUCCUUCAUAUUCAGCUACAAUUAG